CACUGAGGCGUGAUCAAGAUAUAGGUGACUCUGGAUAUUUAUUUCACGAAUGUAGUUAUUUAGUCAAUAGUGUAAAACUUGUGACUGUCUACGGUGUUAAUAACCUAUUGCACAAUUAAAAAAAAAUAUUGCAAACAAAAAUGAUUCAGCUGAUUAUUUUUGAAGUUUUAAGUCUGAAUAAUUUGACAUUUGGAUAUUCUUAUACAACUUACAUAAUCUGUUUGUGUUUUGUUUUAUUGUUAUUCGUAAAUUGUCGCAGACCACGCGGAAUCCCGCCAGGUCCGCCAUUACUUCCGGUGAUUGGAAACAUUCUGACAUUAUCAGCAAAAGACAUACAAGGGGCUAUGAAGAAACUUAGGGAUAAGUAUGGUGAUAUAUUUAGCUUGUAUAUUGGAAAAGAACUUGUUAUUGUUUUGAAUGGUUAUGAUACUAUCCAAAACGCUUUGGUCAGGAGGGGACGUUUGUUUUCCCAUCGGCCUGAGUCAGCAUUUCAAAAGGUUAUUAUGCCCUUCACUGGAAUUUUAUUCAGCAAUGGUAAAAUUUGGAAGGAGCAGAGGUCAUUUGCGCAGAAAACUUUGAAAGAAAUUUGCUUUGAUGAUGGUAAUCAUCAUAUUGAAGCUGUGCUUCGAGAGGAAACUGAUCGAGUAUUGCAAAAACUGGACGAAAUUGGACAUUGUGCGUUGGACAUACGUCAUCUGAUUCAUGUUUACUCGCUAAAUGUUAUUAUCAGAGUGGUUUAUGGUGAUGAAUUAAAAGGGGAUAACGAAAACACUGCUUAUCUUAUUGAUGCCUAUCAUGACAUAGGAAUGGAAGUCGCAAAAAUGCAAGUUAUGGUGAACUGUUUUCCUUUUCUGCAAAGACUACCUGGCGACAGCUUGGGUAUACAGCGGCUAGAGACGAUGAGAAAUAAAUUAGAAUCAGUUACAAAACAGUUUAUUCAUAACGCAAUUAAGAAAACUGAGCGGUGUGCAAAGUCGUAUACGGAUGCUUAUAAUGAAGAGCUUAAGCAGUCUAAAAAUGGAGAAAAAGAUAUUGGACAUUCGUUUUCGGAGCUUCGUAUGGUUCACAGUUGUUCAGACUUGAUCGGAGCAGCCAGUGACACAACUGCAAACGCCAUUGUCUGGAUACUGCUGCACUUAGUAAGAGAACCAGAGGUCCAAGAAAAAAUGUUCAAUGAGAUAAAAGAAACGCUUGGAACUGAGUCUGAACCCAUGCUUUGUGAUAGAAAGGGACUGCCAUACACGCAAGCUGUGAUUUUAGAGGGCAUGCGGAUAUCGAAUUCCACGCCAUUUGCUCUUCCACAUUCAGUUGCGGAAGAUGUGUUUUUCAACAGUUAUUUCUUUCCAAAAGACUGCACGGUGUUGGUAAAUUUAACAUCUGUCCUAAAAGAUCCUAAAGUUUUCAAAGAUCCACAUUCGUUUAAACCCGAACGAUUUCUCAAUUCGGACAGAAGUGAAAUGAUCCAUAUUGAGGAAUUGAUUCCGUUUUCCAUGGGUCCAAGAUCAUGUCUUGGCGAAUCUUUAGCCAGAAUGCAGUUGUUCAUGAUAAUUUCGGCAAUAGUGCAGAAGUUUAAACUAUUACCUGCAGAAGAUGGGAAACUUCCAGAUGAUAAAGGGGUGCUCAGUACAGUGUACAAACCUUUACCUUUUUCUGUUAGACUGGAAAAGCGUUGAAAGCUCCCGGCACAAAAUAAAUUGAAAAAAAAAAACAAA